UGAUUUGAUGGAGGUGCCCGAUGUAGCCGAAAAAUUCGAAUCAAUUUUGACCAUUCUUGCAUCGAGCUUGAAUAUAAAGUCAGUGGUCCAAGAGACGAUGAAGAUCGUCCAAAAAUGUGGACAGAUUAACAAAUCAUUUAAGAGUUCCGGGCCUCGGAAACGAUCUCGAGAUGAAAGUCAGCAUCAUUUAUUUGCGUGCAUGUCAACCCCAGAGAAGAAAGCGAGAGUAUGUAAAAUGAGUACCAAAAGAUCAUAUUCUGCGUCACCAUGUCCAAGAUCGCCAAAUGCUGAUCCAUUAAUUUAG